GCCCGGAUGAAGAGUAACGCCAUUACCACCGGAGCCUGAGAGCACUCGCGGACGGCGACUGGACACUGGCCGGUCGCACCAUGAGACUCCUCCCCCGCCUGCUUCUGCUUCUCCUGCUCGUGUUCCCCGCUACGCUUGUACUCAGAGGCGGCCCUGGAGGUUCGUUAGCAGUGGCUCAGGAUCUUACAGAGGAUGAAGAAACAGUAGAAGAUUCAGUAAUUGAAGAUGAAGAUGAUGAAGCUGAGGUGGAAGAAGAUGAACCUACAGAUUUGGCAGAAGAUAAAGAGGAAGAAGAUUUAUCUGGAGAACCUGAAGCUUCACCAAGUGCUGAUACAACAAUUCUGUUUGUAAAAGGAGAAGAUUUUCCAGCAAAUAACAUUGUGAAGUUCCUGGUAGGCUUUACAAACAAGGGUACAGAAGACUUUAUUGUUGAAUCCCUAGAUGCCUCAUUCCGUUAUCCUCAGGACUACCAGUUUUAUAUCCAGAAUUUCACAGCUCUUCCUCUGAACACUGUAGUGCCACCCCAGAGACAGGCAACUUUUGAGUACUCCUUCAUUCCUGCAGAGCCCAUGGGUGGGCGACCCUUUGGUCUUGUCAUCAAUCUGAACUACAAAGAUUUGAAUGGCAAUGUAUUCCAAGAUGCUGUCUUCAAUCAAACAGUUACAAUAAUUGAAAGAGAGGAUGGGUUAGAUGGAGAAACAAUCUUUAUGUAUAUGUUCCUCGCUGGUCUUGGGCUACUGGUUUUUGUUGGCCUUCAUCAACUCCUAGAAUCUAGAAAGCGCAAGAGACCCAUACAGAAAGUAGAGAUGGGUACGUCAAAUCAGAAUGAUGUUGAUAUGAGUUGGAUUCCUCAGGAAACUUUGAAUCAGAUCAAUAAAGCUUCACCAAGAAGGUUGCCCAGGAAACGGGCACAGAAGAGAUCAGUGGGAUCUGAUGAGUAAAUGUUCCUUUGUGCAACAAUUCGGUCUUUACUUAACCUGCUCUAAUGUUUUUCGGCCUGAUGGGAAUUAAUGCAGAGAAGCCAUAUCACCAUAGAAGGCACCUACUACUUAUGUGUGGACUGAGCAAUCAGAGUCUGUGGCGAUAAUAUUGCUGAAAGUGCACUGCAUUCGUUUUUCUAAAGUAACAAAUUUGGUUUUUUUUUUAAAACCAUUAAAGUCUAUGUGUGUGCGUGUGUAUGUAUGUGAGCAGUUGGUCUUACCAGAAUCAUUGUUGAACUACCUGAAGCAUGCUUUUAGAAUACUAAA